CGGAACUCGUCUGUCCGUAUGUCGGAUAUCUUGGUUCUCCUGCUCAUCUGACGUGCAUCCCGCCAAGUAAUAUAACUUCACAUGGCUAUACAACAUCGCAAAGAGACGUUGCCGCCAUCUGCAGUGUAUCAAACUCAUCAUGUACACCAAUGAGCAACUACAUGGCGUCUACCAUCAACCAGACACACAGUAGCCUCACCAUACCUACAGUACAGCAAACACAUGCAGGGCAGUGGACGUGUACUAUCCUACCUUGGUCUCCACUAUCCUGCUACAUUACUGUAGUGAAACUCCCGACCUGCUUCACAACAAGUGAUGUAACCACCACGACGUUCGACGUUGGCGAGGAGAUGUCCCUGACAGUACAUAUCGAGGGGUAUUACUGUUCUGAGCUGGUUCAGCUGAAGGUAUCGACGGGAAGAACUGAUCACGAAUACCCCAGUGAAACAGUCACUGAUAUAACAGAUAAAACAGUUAAGAUCAAAAUCGACAAGACCAACACCAUCUUCGAGGCGGAACUGGUCUUCACCUGCGGUGGCCAUAGCUCGACUCUACCUUGCCAUGCGAACAGCAGGACGUCGUCAACCACACUUGACCAAAAUAUAACACCAGGGACGCCAAACGCCAUCAACAUCAUUGGAGUAGCUGUAACCGUCGUCUUAGUCACCAUCACCAUCAUCAUCACCAUCACCAUCAUCGUCACCUGUGUCUGCUUCAAAAGGAGGACCAUACAGCAGAAGGUGCCACCAGUGUUGGAAUGCCCCGACCCGCCGUACAUGGAGUUGAAGGAACCCCUCCAUAACACGUACGCCAGCGUGGAGGACCUCGAGGCACAGGGGUCUGGAUCCAAGAAGGACACUUCACCACCUUGUACAGAAGCGUAUGCAGACACAGGGAACUAUGCAGCCGUUGGCGACACCAGUGUCCCAGACACUAAAACAAAGAAAGAUGACCUGCCUGCAUUAAUGGACGCGGGGGGAUAUUCAACUGUUGCUGACAGACGUGUUGCGGACAAAGGCACACAGGGAGUUGUCACAGCUAAACCUUUAGACACGGGCUACUAUGAAACUGUUGAGGACCAAAGUGCAGCAGCAGCAAGUGUUAUGCAAAGAGACCUACCUCUCCUAAUUGACGCUGCAGGAUAUUCAACUGUUGCUGUCAGACAUGCUGCGGACAAAGGCAAACAGGGAGUUGACACAACUAAACCUUUCGACACAGGACUCCGACAAGGAGACCUACCUGCCCUAACUGAUGCUGUGGGGUAUUCAACAGUUGACGAUUUCAAACCAUGCCCCGGUGCCGCCUCAUUCAGUCGCACGGGGGAGACUGCAAGUGUCCCGAAUCAGAUAGGAGAACAGAAAGCCAACAGACCUCUCUGUGAACUUUAUGCAACUGUAAACAAGAAGAGGGGCACACCUAGGUUGGCCAAUGCUGAUGCAACUAGCACCAGUGUAAUGUGAAUUAUACGGAAAUGCUGACAUUGGUUUUAGAUGAUUUCCAUAACUUUUGGUCAUCAUUACGACGCAAUUUAAUUAUGGCUAACCUGUCCAUAAACUGACUGUUGGAAAAAGUAACUUAAAAAGUAACAUGAACAAUAUGCGUUAUGUAAAUAUAUGUAUCUAUAUAAGUGCCGUAUCUUACCUGUAAUAGUGAGUGAGUGAGUGAGUAAGGUUUGUCGCCGCGUUUAACAGUAUUCCAGUUAUUUCAUGGCGUGUCAGCUUAAUGUUGUAGGAAAGCCCGAAUUGAUGUAGGAACUUUUGCCACUUUUUAUGAUGCCAAACCUAGAAACAUAAUUGGAGCGAACCGGGAUUCGAACCCAAGCGUGCCCAAGUGACGCAAUUUUACACAGCGCAUAGAAGACUGGGCCACCCGUGCCCCAACCUGUCAUAGUGGUAUGUUUUCGGUUGAUCUAUAUUCCAUCAUCUGUAUAUACCCUGUAAUUAUACCUACUUGGACGUUUUAUAUUUGUUUAUUUUCCUUUAUCUUUCUUGAAUGUAUUUGUGUCCUUGUAAUAUAUCUACAUGUACAAUUCGCUGUGGGUUUUAUGUGUCAGAAACGUGUCCCAGCUCCCUGCUGGCAGUAAGAUGAGAUACACAUGGUUGUCAGGCUAGGCAACGGUCAUUCAUUGCUUGUCAUCGUACCCCGACGAUGUGGAUCGUUGCUCACAAUAUCAAUCUGAUUCAGACUCUGUAUUGAAAGGCCGUCGUCAUAUAGAUGGAAUAUUGUUGAGUGCUGCAUUUAACAACAAACACAUUUAUGUAUAAUUUGCAUAUAAAUAUCUCCAUAAAUAUUACAUCUUA